UCUCGGAUACCCCACGACACCACAACGUGAACAGAAGAGGAUUAUUUCGUCGUAAUUCCGUGUUUAUCAUAACCGAACUCGUAACAAUUACCGUUUGACAGUUAAAGUUAAUGCGCACUCGUGUUUACCCAUUCGUCCACUAGUUUCGUUAAACAGUUACUAUCGAAGCGAUGUUGUGCUGAUUCAAAAGACGUUUGACAUUUUCCGCGUGACAUAAAACCGAACCGAACCCGUAAGUCACCUCUGACCUAAGCAAGAGCAUCAGCAAAUGCAACGAUGAAGUUUGCUUUCGACGCAUAAAGCCAUCAUCUCCAGUCAAUUUAUCGACGAUCGCUAUCAGCUGACCGAUAAAGAGCUUGCGCUGCUAUCAGGAAUCGAUAAGGAGAGAGGAAUAUCCCAAAAAAACAGCACCAGUGGAUUGAGGACAAGCACAAGUACCAGUUGUUUCUAUGCGGCAGGAGGCCCAGACCGGUUUGAAUCUUCGGCCCCCGGGUGACCUUCAACAGCACGGUGGCGCCAUGAUUGAGCAAGACAUGGCUGGUGCACAGGACACCAUCUACCUGUGCAACUUCAGGGUCUCCGUUGACGGCGAAUGGCUCUGCCUGAAGGAACUCCAGGACGUUGAGUUCUCAAUGCAGGACUCAAUGCGUUCACCAUCGCCACCCCUGGCCCUCAGUGGUAUACCAAAUAAUCGUGUACCUCACGAUCGUGAUCAGCAAACAACUGAACAAUCAGAGCUUUACGAUAUUCUUCCGCUAAGUCCACCGCCAAUUCAGCACUUUUCGAGCUUGUCUCGCGAUCCAGUGAUAAUCGAGCGCAGUAACCUCGUUAACAUAUCAAAACUAAUAGUGAAAGAGUUGAUCGAGACAUCUCUUAAGUAUGGACGCAUGCUCGACUCAGAUCACAUGCCCCUUCAGCACUUUUUCAUUGUCCUAGAGCAUGUCCUCAGACACGGCCUCCGACCUAAGAAGGGUCUUCUCGGCCCGAAGAAGGAGCUCUGGGAUAUCCUACAGCUAGUCGAGAAGUAUUGCCCUGAAGCACAAGACAUCACAUCAAGCAUCCGAGAUCUGCCGACCGUCAGAACGGCGAUGGGCAGAGCUCGGGCUUGGCUACGCAUGGCCCUAAUGCAGAAGAAACUCGCGGAUUACCUGAAGAUACUCAUUGAUCAUCGAGACGAUCUUCUCUCUGAAUAUUUCGAACCCGACGCUUUGAUGCUCAGUGAAGAGGCUAUCGUCAUCAUGGGACUGCUUGUUGGAUUGAAUGUCAUAGACUGUAAUUUCUGUGUCAAGGAAGAAGAUCUGGAUUGUCAACAAGGGGUCAUCGACUUCUCGCUGUACCUACGUAACAGCAACCACAUACCUGGUGAUUCGCUUGAUGAGGAACUCGAGAAUGACAACAUGACGACGGUACUUGAUCAGAAGAAUUACAUCGAGGAGUUGAAUCGUCAUCUGAACGCAACAGUCACGAAUCUUCAGACGAAGGUGGAAUCACUAACAACUACAAAUGCACUUAUGAAGGAGGAUUUGGCGAUAGCGAGGAAUAAUAAUUUAAUACUCCAAGAGGAGAAACGACAGCUCAAGAAGGAAUUGGGAAUCGAAGUUAAGGAUACUCACGAGAACGGCAAAGCACCUUUAAAGAUAACAGAGACAACGACGGAAAUUGAGGAGUUGAGGAGCAGAUUAGAAAACGAGAAGAAAUUGCGACUCGAGGCUGAGAAGGAAUUGGAGUUGCAGAUCAGCAUGAAGUCUGAGAUGGAAGUAGCGAUGAAGCUUCUCGAGAAAGACAUCCACGAGAAGCAGGACACCAUCAUCUCGCUCAGGAGACAGCUGGAGGAUAUCAAACUCAUUAAUUUGGAAAUGUACAAGAAAUUACAGGAGUGCGAGAGUUCCCUAAAGCACAAAACCGAACUGAUUGCUAAGCUGGAGGCUAAAACAACAUCCAUGUCUGAAACUAUUCAAAAAAUGGAUGAAAAAUGCAAAGAGAUUGAUGGUGCAAAAACGGGGGUGGAGGAGCGCGUUCGUCUGUUGGGGGCUGAAGUGGCGGAGAAAGAGGCACGGGCGAAUGGGGUUGAAAGGGAAUUGAAGGUAGAACGAGAAUGGCGCACUUCUCUUCAAGAAUCCUCGAUAUCCAGUACUGAAAAGAUUUCUCAGUUACAUCAGGAGAUCGACCAAUUGAAGCAAGUUAGGGAGAAAUACUUAGCCCUUCAAGAAGAGCACUACGCUCUCCGUGAAAUAUGCACUGAGCAAGAGCACACCCUCGAGGAAUUGGGUGGCCAAUUGAGUGCAGCUAAACUAGCCGCCGUUGAACUACGCGAAGCGGCGGACAAUGCUCACCAUCAAGCUAAUCAGGAUGGCACAGCUACAUGGGCGAAUGACCGGCUUGUUACCCAUUGCAAGGGCUGCACCAGAGAGUUCAACCUAACUCGUCGCAAGCACCAUUGUCGAAAUUGUGGAAAGAUUUUCUGCAAUGCAUGCAGUGACAACACCAUUGCCAUGUCGAAUUCAGCUAAGCCAGUGCGAGUGUGCGACGAGUGUCACGUUUUUCUCGUUGGUCGUUACUCGGUUGUGCAAUAAUGACAGGGGGUACUUGGGGCUGCUGGUGGGUGGGAUGAAGUGUUCAAGGGGUAAGGAAUUUGGCGAGAUGGGAGAGUCGGCUGGAGCUGAUGGGAGGAAAUUACCUGACUUGGAAUGAUUUGAUAAAGUCGGAGGGAAUUCCGUGGACCGCAAGAAUCGUAAGGGUCAAGGGAUGUGAAAGGUCAACAGGGAGGGAUGAAGAGAGUGAUCAUGAGGCUUAAAGGGUCUCAAGGGUCAGGCGGGAGAGUCUAGCGAAGUUUUCGUAAGGGUCACAAGGGUCAACAGGGAGGGACGCAAAGAGGAAUGUCAAAUGUUCUCAAGGGUCAAACGAGAGAGCCCAGGGAAGUCUUCGUAAGGGCCAAACGGGAGAGACCUUUGAAAUCUUCAUAAGGUUCGAACGGUAUUAAGUAUCAAAUAGGGUCUAAAGACCGUUUCACCCGUAAUAUCAUUCGCCCUUUGAGACCCUUAUGAACACUCGAGGGUCGACAGGGAGGGACGCAGAGAGUAAUCAUAAGGGUCAAAUGGGAGAGAUCAGUGAAAUCUUCAUAAGGCUCAAACGGGAGAGACCUGCGACAUCUUCAUAAGGGUCAAAUAUUCUUGAGUAUCAAAUACGGUCUAAAAACCCUAGUGUCUCUUGAGGCCCUUGAGGCCCUUAUGAACACCCAAUGGUCAACAGGGAGAGACGCAGAGUAAUCAUAAGCGUUAAAUGGGAGAGACCAUCGAAUCCUUUAUAAGGAUUAAACGGGAGAGGCCCAUGAAGACCUCAUAAGGGUCUAAUGUUCUCAAGGGUCAAACGGGAGAGACCAGCGACAUCUUCAUAAGGGUCAGUACUCAACAGUCUUGAGUAUCAAAUAUGGUCUAAAGACUCUUGAGGCCCUUAUGCCCUUAUAGUCACUCCCUUGCCUCUCUUCCAUGCAUUUGACCCUCACGAUAAUUCUGCUCUACGCAAAAAAAAACGGACUAGUCUUUUUGCCCCUAUUAUUUGCCCCUAAAUAUUUCCCUGAAAUUCACAAAUAUUGAUCAUUACCACUGACAAACGAAAUCCCUAUCCUUUCAUUCCCUCCACAGUAAUUGAAUCCAAAAUCCUUUUCACAGCUUCAUAUGUUUCAAAAUAUUUUUGAAUCUCCCAUCCCGAAUAUUCUAUCCCCACUAAUGGAGUAGAAUCAUCACAGAAAUUUAUUACACACAUCACUCUGUCAGUGAAAAUCGUCAAAACUCUUUUCGAACGAAAUUAUUUUUAGGGAAACGCGCAGCAAUAUGCUAUAUUCAAAAACGUGAGUGCUUUCAUUUUCCCGUACACCGAAUUUAAUUUCCUGAAUAAUAGUUCGCGUCACACAUUUCGGGAUAAAAAGAGAAUCCUUGCAGAUUUAUCCCGCGUGUGCUUCGGUUUAGACAGAACAGGGAAAUUUUUAAUCGUUAUUAUCCAAGCAUGAGCUGUCCCCAUUGUUCGGUAAUGGAAACAUCACUCCAACCGGAUAAUUUGAGUUAAUAAUUUGAGUUCUAUUCACGUUCGAAAGGUUUUCGUUCUACCAACGACACCGGAAUUUUGUGCUGGCGAUUUAUUUUCCGCUGGAGUAAAUGUUGAGAGAAAAUUGUAAAAGUGUAUGUUGGAAAUUAUGUGAAGGUUAAAAAAAAUUAACGAAUUAUGAGAAAUAUAUUUUACAUGCAUAAGAAAA